UGCUAACGAGCGCUAAUGAGAGCAGAGUGUUGUCAUCCACAUACAACUAUUCAGGGCCGACACUUUUUACUAGCAGUGCUACUAGUACCACUGCACUGCGAGUGUUUGUACACGUUCGUCUGUGUAUUGUCGCGUCGUCGUCGAAAUGCGACUUUUUGUCUGUUUUGUGCCGAUGCCUGAUCUCAUGUUGACGUCCAGGACGUAAGUUGCAGUCGGGGCUAGGUUGUAUUCUCGGAACUUCCCCCACCCAUCCUGUGUGCCAUGCACUGCUAACAUAACACCCUCGUUAGCUGCCUGCCUGGCUGUAGCUACAAGCCAGGGCCUUCAUUUUAACUUUUGACUCCCACCCAUCGACAUGAAGCUGCAGUGUGAUGUGGAGGUGGUCAACAGGAUGCUGCCCACCUUCGGCAUGAAAAGUCGCGGCAAAGGGGCGAGAGCGGUGCUGUCCAUCGGAAAACACUUGGACAAGACGAAUCAACACAGUACUGUCUAUAUGAUGAUCUGCACAGCUAAGGACAGAGCAGGCUCCAAAUAUAAGCUGAAAGACAACAUAGAGAAGUUCUUUACGUGGUUUGUGGAGAAAGGCAAGGCUACUGUCAGAUUAAAGGAACCUGCUGUCGACAUCUGUCUGAGCAAGGCCGACGCCAACAGCUUGAAGAACUUUCUCUCGGCAGCUCGCUUGGCCGACAGGGGAAGCGUCACGAGCAGUCUUCCGCUCUCGACCCUGACGCCCGUUCGCGCCAGAGAUGUGGAGCAGCCCAAGAAGAAGCUGACCAUCAUCUCCAAGAAGGACUACCCACUCACCUCCAGCUUCCCUUACUCUCUAGAGCAGCUGCAGGUCUCCUACUGCAAGCUGUCACGUGUUGACAUGCGCAUGCUCACGCUCAAAGCUCUUCGUAAGCUGGACCUCAGUAACAAUCACAUCAAGAAGCUCCCCGCCACCAUCGGUGAUCUGGGCUGCCUGUCUGAGCUGGUCCUCCACAAUAACCACCUGGAAGCCUUCAGCGAGGCCCUUUGUCUUUCCACUUUGCAGCGGACCCUCCAGGUCCUGGACCUCAGCCAGAACCGACUGCAGUCCCUCCCUGCUCAGUUCUGCCAGCUAAGGGAACUGGUCAACCUCAAGCUGGACGACAAUAAACUGCUUUGUUUGCCGUUCCACAUCGGCCGCUUCACUAAGUUGAGGUUCUUGUCUGUGGCACACAACCAGCUGGCGGUGCUGCCCAGUGACUUCCGCAAGCUGAGACUGGAAAACCUGGACUUGUUUGGGAACCCAUUCAUCCAGCCCAACCCUCUGGACAACACAAUGCAGCUCACAUUCCCGGUUCCUCUUCAAGAGCUUGCUUCAAGGGCUGUAGCAGACCUCAGAAUUCCAUACGGACCUCACGUCAUUCCCGCUCACUUAUGCCAAGACCUGGAAGGUGCAAAGACCUGCGACUGUGGAUGCUUCUGCAUCAGCUCCUACAUUAAGACAGCCGUGAGCAUGAACCUGCACCAAGUGUCUCACACCGUGGUCCUGGUGGACGACAUGGGCGGCACAGACGCUCCAGUGACCCAGCACUUCUGCUCCCUUUCCUGCUACUCAGAGUUCUUGGACAACUCCCUCCAGAGGGGAAUCAGAUGAGGGACGUUGACUUGGAACAGCAGUUUGCAGGAGGUGCGACCCUCUGAGCGAGCUCGAGUAAAACCAACAGGACUCAACAGUGGCAGUUUUAAACUGUUUUUCGUAGCUGCCUGUUUUACAACUAAAAAAUAUCUAGCAUUUAGAACAUUGCAAAUGAGGCAAGUACUCACCUGUAAAAUAUCCCUCUCCCAGUCCCCUACUGACCUACUUCAGCAGGAAGAGGGAAUAACGCAAUUAGGUUUUCCGUGCUCUCAUUGCCUCUUGUAGCUGCUUUCUGAAAGGGCCUUUUUUUUAUUGUGCUAAUGACCCACUAUUUUUUAUAUGUGUUGAACAUUUAAAUAAAAGUAUGCAUUUUG